AUGUUCUCGAUUAAAGUUAACAGAAAACUUUUGCCGUUGAAAAUAUGUUAUUUCCUAAUGUUCGCAUGUAAGUACAUAAUAUUAUUAUUACCUUUAAUAUCCACAACACGUUACGUAUAUAGUAGGUAUGUUAUUAGAAAAAUAAACAAAAGUUGUUUUAGAUUAAUGGUCGCAAAAUGUCAAAUAUAAAUAAAAAUAAAUAAACAAAUUAAGUUAAACAGAACUAGUAUUACGAGAUGAGUGUUACCGAUGGGCAUUGAAGGAGAUGUUCGAUACAUGCAAUUAUUUAAUCUGCAGGUGACGAUAAAUCAUUGCUAACGAAGUACAAUAUUCUGAACGAAGUUCUGUUAAACAUGUUUUGAAAUGCUACGUUAUUUUUACGAUUUUUUAUAGAAUUUGAACUCAAAACACGUGUAAAAUAAACUACUAUAAAUGACACUCAAAUUUGAUUUUUUAUUUUUUGUCAAAUGCCUAUAAAUAACUAAAAUUGUCAAAAUUAUAUCACAUAUAGAAAAUGCUUAUUCAGUCAAGUAUUUAAGUCACUACGAUUAUUUUUAGCCGAAUUACAACAAAACACGAAAUCGAAUAUAACGAAGCCGUUAAUACUGUGAACUUUCUCGUUUUUCAUAGUUUUCUACAACAACUAGAAAACGAAAUUUCCAGGUUUUUCUAAAGUUCAAUGAAAACUAUAAAGGAAAUGCAUCAACUAGAUUCAUAAUGAUACAACACGCACUUUCGCUUUUUUGAAAUUAGAAUUGGAAUUGGAGCAAUAUUUCCGAUAUAAAAUCGGUUCACAGAUACUAAAAAAUUGCUUACAUCAUAGUAAAACCUAUACAUUCUUCUUAACGCUCAAAAUCUAAAAUAUAUAUGAUUAACAUUUCAUCAUGCUGUAUUAUCUGAUGAUUAUUUAAAUCGAAACUGGUUGUAUUUAUGCAUAUAUUUUAUACUAUUUCAAAAAACGAUACAGAGCUUUUGAAAACUCUAGUUGGUGCUUUGAUGUAAUUAAUUUUUCCAGCAGUGGUUUUUUACUACAAAAACUGGAAAAACUGUAAAGAAAUUUACGGAAUGUCUUGUUCAUGUCAACCUUUAUUACAAUUUAAAAUAAUAUAAUCUUUAAGGUAUUAGUUGUAAAAACAAUUGUAUUGUCUUAUCAUAAAAAUAUUUAUAAUUUUAUUCGUUAUUACAUAUUACAUAUUUAAGCUAAAUAAAAUAAAUUAGAACAUUAGUUAGUAAGUUAUUAGAUUAUUAUUUUUCGAUGCCUUUAAGAAAAACGUGUUUUUUUUUUCAAACUAGUGUAAGAUGUGAAAAACGACGAUAGAAUUUAUGAAAAAAAUUGCAUAAUUUCGAAUUUAUUAUAACGUUAAAUAAAGUUUUAGAAAAAAAUAUAAUAACAUUAAACGGAAAAAAUAAAAUGUCUGAACAAACAUAUAACGUUAAACACUAAAAUUGUGUAAUAUUUAAAUACCCGAAAUCGUAAAAACGAUAAUUUUUUUAUAAAUUUACUACUUAAAAUGUAUCACUAUCUUAUAUAUAUGCCAAUCUUCAUACUUAAAUCUUCCUUGCUGAUAAAUAUUAAAAUAUGAAAUAUUAUUUUCUCGACAAAUUAUCACUAUGUAUAUUGUCAUCUAUAACAUUCAAAUUUUUUUUAGUAAAAAAAUAAACUUUUCAUUUUAUUAAAAUUAAUACAUUGAUACAUGAAUAGUUUCUAAGUAAUAGCCGUUUUAAAUUCUAUAAAUCCGUGUGAAAACCGAUGUUAUCUAUGGAAUGACUUAACCGCGUUAACUGAUAACAUCGGUUUUCACACGGAUUUGUAGAAUUUAAAAUGGCUGUUACUUAGAAACUAUUUAUCGGAUAUAAGUGUGUUAACACAUUCAAAUUUUCAAAAAAAUAAACUCUACAGAAUAGCUGUUUUAAAAUUUUCCGAAAAUAAUAAAAUAAAUGAAUAAAUAAAUAUUUUUAUUUUUACUAAAAAAAAAUUUAAUUUAAAAAUAAAGAUUUGUAGUCUUUAUCCCCGUGAGUAAUAAAAAAAAAAAAAAAACAGAAUUUGAUUAUCUUUAUUAUCUCCAAAGAUAUUUAAGAGGUAUAUCUUCGUGGAACAGCCUAUAUAAGUCACGUUGUCAUUAAUUUAAAAUAAUAAAUGUUAAACUUUGUCUUCCUUUUUACAGGUCGGGCAUGCGCCAUUUAUCUAACUCGCCUUGACGGCACGCCACUGCUAUAUUGAUUUACUCGCUUUACAUUUAACAUAAAAUUUAUUAUUACUUGAAAAUGUUUAAUCGCCUGUUUCAUGUUUUACAGGCUUAGCGCCCAUCAUCGGAUUUUUGCCUACAUUUGCAAGACAGUUGGGAUACUCAUUUACGAUUUACGGCGUGUCAAUGACAAUUAUAUACUUGUCAUCAACGGUAUGGACAAUGUUGGUCGGCGUCUUGGUUGACAAAUUUCGCGUGAAGAAAAAAUUGUUCACGGCCGUCUUGCUGGGAAUGGGCGUGGCGUCGGCAUUCUUUAUGUUAGUGCCGAAAGUGCCACUGGACGCGGUUGUAGAGUUGAAAUGUCUUUCGGAAACGGUCUUGACGGCCACGUUUGCGAGCAAUGAUCAAAAAUCCCCGGACGUCAAGCCAAACGUCAAUAUCGGCCUCGGCAAUAAGUUAAUGAUGUGCAAGGUCGGUUAUUUACCGAACAUUGUGUGAUGUGUAUAAUGCGCAUCACAAGUAUAAUCAUAAUUAUGUCAAACAUCAGAUACUGACCAGAACUGUCAUUUAGUUAGAUUGUAAAGACACGGUAUUCUACGGUGAGAAAUCUGAAGAAUGCGUCAAUUGGAUGGCGUCGGCCAACAACGGCACCGACGAACUGUACAAAUACAAACACAUAGACGCCACGAUCGAACUGAUGAACCGCACAGAAACAGUAACGAUCAAUUGAUGUAUUUCGAACGCAUUAUUAUAUCACACAUCCCCCGUUUAACUCUAAAUCGCGUUCGGUUAUAGACGGACGAUUCGUAUGGAUUUCGUUUGUUGUCCGCUCAAGUCGUCGGCAUAGACGCGCAGCUGUCUACGAACUGCUCGUGUCCCUUGAAGUCCCAGUGCCGUUUAGUAUGCAACGACGAGGCCGUGAUGGAAGCGACUAAAACGUACAGGGGCAACGUUCUCGGCUUGUACCAGUUUUGGAUUUUUUUUAUUACGCUCAACGCGUAUUUCACCAUGACCAUGUUGUCCAGUACGCUGAUUAAUCCCAUUUGUCUCGAUAUUUUAGGUAAGUACGGUAAUCAUAAUAAUAAUAUAGGAUAGGUACGAUAUCUAUUACACUGUUUUAUCGUUUGAUUGUAAUAUUAUGCAAAACCGAACAUCGUGGCCGUAGGAGACAAAUCCGUGGACUUUGGAAAACAGAAAUUAUGGGCGUCAUUCGGUUGGGGUACGUUCUCCAUACUCAUCGGAUGGAUUGUGGAUCUGUUCAGUUACGGACAAAGAGAAAAAGACUAUUCGCCCAUUUUCGUAUCGUGUAUUAUACUUACGGUAUUGAACUUGAUUGUAACGACACAAAUUGAAGUACGUUAUCUUCUGUAAUAUACUAUUUAUUUUCCACUCCUUAAUUCUGUCACGCGAAUUUUUUUGUUAUUCGUACAGGUGGUGGAAGUGAAGAAAUCCAAUAAGCAAAGUAUGUGGAAAACUGUGUUCGGUUUGUUCGCUAAACAUUAUGUGGUAAUCUUUAUCGCUUGGUCGGCGAUAUGCACGUUUUUGCACGCAAUUAUUACACAUUAUCUAUUCUGGUAAGUCAGCUAUUAUAUUACGAUACAAUAUGAUCAUCUUGCCUUUUUAAAUUAUACGUGUAUAAUAUACUUGUCGGAAAAUCGUUAAACCAUAAUACAGACGAAUCAAUCACUCCGUAAUUCGUGAGUGUCUGACGCUAGACUACAGCGUCCGAGUGUAGUAUUUACUAUGAUGAGUGGACAAUGAAAAAUUGUCGUCUAUAAUAAUGACACGUAAUAUCAUGAAAAUUGUCUGCGAACGAUCUACACAUGUUAUAUUGCACUUGCAGACAUUUUAUUAUAAUCUAAAUAGCUUUUCUCGAAAAAUCUCGAAUUUCCCUGGGUUAACCUCGAAAAAUAAACAUUAUUAUUAUUUUAUUUUUUUGUUAAGACGUUUUGAUCACACGAUGACCAGAAGUUAAAUUUGUUGCCGUCGAUGUAUUGAAUUUAAACACCUAUAGGAUUGGCUAGUAAAUUCGAGUUAUUCAAUAAUUAUAAUGCACAUAACUUUACGAUUUUUACAUGAUAAAUCAGACAAUAUUGUAAUUUAUAGUCCGCACUGUUAGCUAUUUGCAAUUUUGGUCAUUAUUCGUUAAAGUAUUCGUAUCGUUCUAUCGUGCAUUGUUUUGUGUGGUUAUUUUCACAUCGUGUAGUUUGUCUGAUGAUAGGGUAAAAUUCAUUGUAUAACGUAGUAAAACAAUAUUUUUUAAAAUACGAAUCCAUUUGAUAUGCAUUAAAAUUAAUAUUUUAGCCUUUUUUGAGCUCUGAUGUUGAAUUAAUUUAAAUUUCUUCAAAAUUAACUCGUAAUUGAUUAAGCUAUUAUUAAACAAAAAUUAAUUAAUUAAAUAAAUAAAUCAAAAGUCUAAAGUUCAGUAAAACUUAAAAUCAACUCAUCACUCAUUAUCUAUUAACUUACGUUUUAACUAUUUAACUCGUUAAUGUCCAACCAUAGUUAAUUUUUAGUAAUAAAAUAAUCUUUAGAUUUGUGUUAAUCACACCCGUGUAAGGUUAUCACCAAUUACAUAUUUUCAAUCAACAAUGCUAAUGACAGGCCAAUCAUAUAAAUCGAAUUGAAAUAGAACAUAGAGUACAAUUUUUUGUCUGCAUUGUCUGCUUUAGUAAGACGUUCUUUAUAAUGGCUAACCAAUAAUAUCGAUGACUAUAAAUAACAGAGUCGACAUCAUAGACUAGCUAUACACAAUAUAAUGUAUAAAUAUAAUAAUUGAUGGUAACUAAUAACUUUUACCUACGUUAUUUCAGGAAAAAAGGUAUAGUCUUUAGGUAUAGGCUUUCAGUGGAAUUCACUCAUAUGGAAAUUUGGUAGAAUUUGUGUUAAAUGAUUAUUGUAAUACGAGUAUUUUCACUAUAAUUUGCAUUUGGUACCCAUUAUCCGACUAAUCGGCUGGUCAUAGUUAAAUCCGGUGAAUGACAGUAUGCUAAUUUGUGAAAGAAAAAAAAAAUUGUCGACUUACCCGACUAAAUUAUGUACGGUACAGGUACAUGGAGGAUAUGGUGUCUGCGGCCAACGACCAAGUCCAACUAGCAUGGCUGAAAACCCUACAAGGGCUGGCGCAGGGCGUCCAGUGUUUCGGCGGUGAAAUCCCGUUCUUAUUCUGGUCCGGAUGGAUAAUCAAAAAGGCAGGAUAUGUCAACUGCAUGGCCCUGGUGCUGGGUACCAUGGCCAUUAGAAUGUACCUGUAUACUGUGAUCUCGAACCCGGCCUGGAUCGUGCUGAUCGAACUGCUCAACGGCGUGUCGUACGCGCUGGGAUUCGCAUUGAAAAUGUCGUACGCGAAAACGAUUGCGCCACCAGACACACUGAAUACGAUUAUAGCCUGUAUAACGCUUUUCGACUGCAUCGGUUUGUCCGUUUUAUAUUCAGAGUUUAGCGUAUGGUAUUGGUUUUACUAUGAUGUGCACUUUCCUUUGUUUUUUCCGUCUUAAACAACUUUUCGAAAAGAAAACUUGCUCCGAUGUAUAUACAGCUCCGACGUUAAUUUUUUCUAGUUGAUGAAUCAAGGAGGUCGUUUUUUGAUUUUCCAAGGGUUUCAAUAAUAAAUCGAAAAAUCCCCGAAAGAAAACUGUAUAUAAAACAACAGAAAUUUACGACACACCGCGUUAGUGAUAUCAUUGUUUUUAAUUUUUGCAACUUAAGUUUUCUACCAGAAAUAUUACUUCAAUAGAAAAACAAUACAAGACCUUCUUUCUUAUUAAUCUUAUUGGUGAAUAAGAAAGUAGUUUUUUGAUUUUCUUUGUAGUUUUAUUAAUAAUUAAGAAAUUGCCUAACCGUAAAAUAAAAAUUGACAAAUUUAUGGUGUUACGAUUUCAUUAUUUUAAAUUUUUACGCUUUUCUUUUUCUACCAAAAAUAUUGCUCCAAUAGAAAAGCAACAUGAGAUUUUUUUUGUUAAAUUUUUAACUAAGUUGGGACCAAGAAUAUUGGUUUUUGAUUUUAUUUAAAGUUUUUUUUAAUAAUUAAGGAAAACUGGAAAAAAAAAACAUAGACAGAACGGAAAAAUUUACUCAAAUAAUGCUUUAAUUAUUUUCAAUUCAUUUAUUUUUUUAUAUUGUUAUUCAGUUGAAAUAUUCAUAGAGACUUGAAAUUUGUGCAGAAAAUGUUUGAAAAUUGAACACAAAGUUUAUCAUAAGUUGUUGUAAUGAUAAAAAAUAAUGACUGAAAUUCAGGGUUUUUUUUUAUAAUUAUAUAAGUUAUACAUUUUUUUUUUCAAUUAAAACUCGAAAAUUUAAUUGGACGACUAUAAUUAUAAUAUAUUUUUGUGUGAUGUGUAUGUUUUUAGGUGAGUCUUUAGGGAGUUUAAUGGGUGGAUUUGUAUUCGAUUCGUACGGCGGAGUUUGGGCGUUUCGGUUUUUCGCCUGCUGUUCCGCUCUGGCGUGCUGUUUGAAUGUGGUGUUAAACUUUUUCGGGUUAACAAGAGACACAACGACGAUCGUUUUGAACAUUGACGAAAAACCAACGAAAACUGACGAAAAUAAAGAGACCUGCAGCACGGUCGAUGCUGAUCAUGGGCUUAAGGAACUUAAGCCCCCAUACUCUUCGAGCUCUCACGGACUUUCUGAAUAA